AUGGCCGACCCCCGCCCGACGUUCACCCACUUCGUGACACAACUACGUGCGCGGUUCCCAGAGCUCGCGUACCUGCACAUGAUCGAGCCGCGCACGACAGGCAACCUCGACGUGGCCGACGUCCCCGAGGGCGACUUGAACGACUUCGUCCGCGAGAUCUGGGCACCCCGCGUGAUCAUCAGCGCGGGUGGGUAUACAAGAGAGAUGGCAAUUGAGGCUGCGGAGAAGUAUGAUUAUUUGACAGCGUGGGGGAGAUACUUCAUUUCCAAUCCGGACCUACCGUACCGGCUGCUGAAGAAUAUACCUUUGACGCCGUAUUCGCGGGAUAUGUUCUACAUUGACGAGAGUCCUCGAGGUUAUAUCGACUAUCCAUUCGCGAGCGAGUUGCGGACGUAG